AAAAAUGUGAUUACAAAACAUUUUACGGAUUAUUAAAAAAAAAAUUGUUUUUACAAAACGUUUUGAAAUUUCAUAAAAGAAUUUAAAGUAAAAAAAAUGAAUUUAUAUUAUUUAAUCACGAUUUUAACAUUAAACUUUAUUCUACCAGAAGUGUUGACCCGUUCGUGUUUCCGUAAUAAAUCUAAAUCAGCAUUAGAUUCCGAACAAAAAAACUGCAUUAUUUGUCUAAUGGAACUUACCUCAAAAUUCAGUACUCAUAAAUGUGGUUGCAAAUAUCAUAAUAAUUGCAUUAAUAAAUGGAAAACUCAAAAGUAUAAUGCUACAUGUCCUAAUUGUCAAGAAAUAUUACCCAGAGAACAAGAAACACCUAUAGAAGAUUGUACAGGUUGUUUACGAAAUAAUGGGUGCAAAAGAAUAUCCGAAAAUUGCAGUCACUUCUAUUGUAAAGACUGUUUUCAAGCAAUUUCAAUAGGGAUAAAUUCUUGUCCAUUCUGCUUUAAAGAAUCAAAUGGAGAAAGAUGAAGGUCGAAAUAAAUAAGUUGUUUAUACGAGAAUAUAUGAUGGUCUAUUUAAUAGUAAAAAAAGAAAUUAUAUAAUUUACUGUUAAUCUUAAAAGUUUAUUGUAUAACGUAAAAUUAUUAAAAUUACAUUUAUACACAAAAACAAAUAAUUGAGUGAUAUAUUUUAUUACACAUGCGUUUUAUAUAAAUUUAUAAUGUAAAAUGUCUAAAUUUUUAAAAUAAUUUAUAAAAUGACAACUAAUUAUGUAUAACUAUCAUGCCAAUAAAUGUAAAAGUAGAAAAAUAA